AUGCGCCUCACUAGCAUCGCCGUCAUCUUGCAAAGCGCAAGCUUCUUCGUGUCAACAUUCGCUGUUAUUACUGCGGACCACAUAUGGGAGGGAAACAAAGGAUUUAAUUGCGACGGUCGCGAAAUCUUUCAUGAUGAAUACAAUCGAGCAGAAAAAUCCCAAAUAUCCGGUUCAGUUAAUUCUAUUGGCUCGACUAUGAUUAAUGUUUACCAAAGCCUAUUGUCUGACCAAGAAGAUGAUAGAACGGUUGCCUUCCAAGGCCCUCAUGAUGGUGUCAAUCGGUUUUUCGAGCUUAGAAGAUUAUCGCAAAAACAACAAAUUUACGGCGGCUUUUUUUAUUAUUCUUACAUACUUGUCACCAACCAAAAUAAGAAUGCGAAUGCUAUGAUAAAGAGGUCGAUAUAUUACACAAACAACCAACUGAUCGAACCUAAGCCAGAAGGAUUGUAUACGAUAUGCGAAAUCUCGAUUUGA